AUGAGUUUGGUUUGUGAAGUGACACCGCAGAGUAUUAAGUUGGGAAUGCUUAAGGUUAAUAAUGAUUUUCUGGAUAAUAUGAAGGAGGCUCAUAAGUUGGAUGUGAAACUGGUGGACAUUAUGGUUGGUCGUAACCAAUCAGAGAAGAGUAACUUUAAGAUAGAUGCGUAUGGUGUGUUGAGACUGCAUGAUCGAAUUUGUAUUCCUGAGGAUGUCGAUAUGAGAAGGAUGAUUCUAAAAGAAGGCCACAAGAGUAACUUGAGUGUUCAUCUUGGAGCUACUAAAAUGUACCAAGAUUUAAAGAAGAUAUUUUGGUGUCCAGGAAUGAAAGAGGAUGUGGCACGUUUUGUGUAUGCGUUUGCAAAGUUGGUAGAGAUCUACAUCAGAGUGAUUGUGAAGUUGCAUGGUAUUCCUCUGAGUAUUGUCUCGGAUAGGGAUCAGAGAUUCACUUCGCAUUUUUGGAAGAGCUUGCAAGAAGAGAUUGUUCGAGAAACUACCGAGGAGGUGAAGUUUAUUCAAGAGAAGAUGAUAGCUUCUCAGAGUAGACAGAAGAGCUAUCAUGACAAGAGGAGGAAGGAUUUGGAAUUUCAAGCUGGUGACUAUGUGUUUUUGAGAGUCACACCUGUGACUGGUGUUGGGAGCGCUUUGAAGUCUAAGAAGCUCACUCCUCGUUUUAUCGGUCCUUAUCAGAUUUUGGACAGAGUUGGAAAAGUUGCUUACCGAGUGGCGUUGCCACCAAAUCUUUCAAAUUUGCACGAUGUGUUCCUUGUGUCGCAACUUCAAAAGUACAUUCCAGAUCCGUCUCAUGUGGUGCAGGUGGAUGGCCUGCAAGUGUGGGAUAAUCUAACUGUGGAGACUAAGCCUGUGCAAAUUGCGGAUCGGGAAAUGAAGACUCUGAGAGGAAAAUAA